AUGUCGAAGAGAGGACGUGGUGGGUCCUCCGGGGCCAAAUUCCGGAUUUCCCUGGGUCUUCCGGUGAGAGCCGUGAUCAACUGUGCCGACAACACAGGAGCCAAAAAUCUGUACAUUAUCUCUGUGAAGGGGAUCAAGGGACGACUGAACAGGCUUCCUGCUGCCGGUGUGGGCGACAUGGUGAUGGCCACAGUAAAAAAAGGCAAACCAGAGUUUCAAAAGAAGGUACAUCCAGCGGUGGUAAUUAGACAACGGAAGUCAUACCGGAGAAAAGAUGGCGUGUUUCUUUAUUUUGAGGAUAAUGCGGGGGUCAUAGUAAAUAAUAAAGGGGAAAUGAAAGGUUCUGCCAUCACAGGACCUGUUGCAAAGGAGUGUGCAGAUUUGUGGCCCAGGAUUGCAUCCAAUGCUGGCAGCAUUGCAUGA